UUCCGCUGACUCACACCCGCGACUGCCGCACUGUAUGAUAUGAUGCAACGCCCCAGUCUAGGGAGGCUUCAGUACACAUUGGAGUAACCCCGUGUUCGUGGUGCAGGUGAUGUCCUUGGAGGUGACCAGGGCGACCGCAGGGAUGGUACUAGCAGAACUAUAUGUCUCUGAUCGAGAGGGAAAUGACGCUACAGGAGAUGGGACUAAGGAGAAACCAUUUAAAACAGGCCUAAAGGCUUUGAUGACAGUAGGAAAAGAGCCGUUUCCCACCAUUUAUGUUGAUUCACAAAAAGAAAAUGAGAGGUGGGAUGUUAUUUCUAAGUCACAGAUGAAGAAUAUUAAAAAAAUGUGGCAUAGAGAACAGAUGAAGAAUGAAUCCCGGGAGAAGAAAGAGGCCGAAGAUAGCUUACGAAGAGAAAAGAACCUGGAAGAAGCAAAGAAGAUUACCAUUAAAAACAAUCCAAGUCUGCCGGAGCCGAAAUGUGUGAAGAUUGCUGCGUUAGAGGGAUAUAGGGGCCAAAGAGUGAAGGUGUUUGGCUGGGUCCACAGGUUGCGUAGGCAAGGAAAGAAUUUAAUGUUCCUGGUAUUGCGGGAUGGUACAGGUUAUCUUCAGUGUGUCUUGUCAGAUGAAUUGUGUCAGUGUUACAAUGGAGUAGUCUUGUCCACAGAGAGUAGUGUGGCAGUAUAUGGCAUUCUAAACCUAACUCCAAAAGGCAAACAGGCUCCAGGGGGCCACGAGCUGAGCUGUGAUUUCUGGGAACUGGUGGGCUUGGCUCCAGCUGGAGGAGCUGAUAACCUGAUCAACGAAGAGUCUGAUGUCGACGUCCAGCUCAACAACAGGCACAUGAUGAUCCGAGGAGAGAACAUGUCCAAAAUCCUGAAGGCACGGUGCAUGGUCACCAGGUGCUUUAGGGAUCACUUCUUUGACAGGGGGUACUAUGAAGUUACUCCUCCAACAUUGGUGCAGACGCAGGUAGAAGGUGGAGCCACACUCUUCAAGCUUGACUAUUUUGGGGAAGAGGCAUUUUUGACCCAGUCCUCUCAGUUGUACCUGGAGACCUGCCUUCCAGCCUUGGGAGAUGUUUUUUGUGUUGCCCAGUCAUACAGGGCAGAACAGUCCAGAACACGAAGGCACCUGGCUGAAUACACGCACAUAGAAGCUGAGUGCCCUUUCCUGACCUUUGAGGACCUCCUGAACCGGUUGGAAGACCUCGUGUGCGAUGUGGUGGACAGAGUCCUGAAGUCACCUGUGGCGAGCAUAGUGUAUGAACUCAACCCGAACUUCAAGCCUCCCAAACGGCCUUUCAGACGGAUGAAUUACUCAGAUGCUAUAGUGUGGCUGAAGGAGCACAAUAUAAAGAAAGAAGACGGGACUUUCUAUGAAUUUGGAGAAGAUAUCCCAGAAGCUCCUGAGAGACUGAUGACAGACACCAUUAAUGAACCAAUCUUGCUGUGUCGAUUUCCCGUGGAGAUCAAGUCCUUCUACAUGCAGCAAUGUCCUGAGGAUCCCAGACUUACUGAAUCUGUUGAUGUGUUGAUGCCCAAUGUUGGUGAGAUCGUGGGAGGCUCCAUGCGUAUCUGGGAUAGUGAAGAAAUUUUAGCAGGUUAUAAAAGAGAAGGAAUUGACCCCACUCCUUAUUACUGGUACACAGAUCAGAGAAAAUAUGGCACAUGUCCUCAUGGAGGUUAUGGCUUGGGCUUGGAACGAUUCCUGACUUGGAUUCUGCAUAGGUAUCACAUCCGAGAUGUUUGCUUGUACCCUCGAUUUGUCCAGCGCUGCAAGCCAUAACCAGGUCCUCCUAAAGCAUGAAGUGAACAGACCGCCUCUCCAAAAGAGCCAAUAGUCAAAAUCAUCCCUUGGUUUUCCGUCGGGUAUCACUGUUUCUGUCUUCUCUGUAUUUUCUUCCCAUUACUAUAAAAACUAGACAAUGUUACUUAACAUGUCCCUUUAAUAAAAAUACCCAUUACAAAGUUUGGAGGAAAUAUGUGAUGUCACUCGUUAGUAAUGGAGACCUCAGCAUUUUAUCCUGAUAUGAGUUGUAAGUACUAUGCUAAAUAUACCAUUUGUAAUUGGAUAGUUUUUAAUUAUGGCCUGACAUUCCAGUAACUUCAUCUUCUUGUUUUUUUUUUAAGUGUAACUGGAAUUCUUUAUUUUAAUGUAAAUCUUUAGAUGUUAUAAAAAACAUCUAAAGGGGGAGUCAAACAUAUGGCAAAAGUCUAGUGUUACAGUGCAGCCAGCAGUACCUAGCACAUAGUCAUUUACAUCAGCUAUUAAUAUUUUCUAAGUUCAUUUAGCACUUUUAAAUCUGAGUGUAUGAAUUGGUAUGAAAGAACUUAUGAAGGUGGAAUUGCCUUAAAAUGUACAAUGAGCAAAUUUGGAUGAGUGUUAUUUAAAUGAUCCAGAGCAACUCCUUUAGCCUUAGUUCAAGAUAAAGAGGUAGCACAUGCCUUCAAUCACAGUAAUCCUAAGGCAGAGGCAGAGGCAGGCAGAUCACUGAGAUUGAGACCAGUGUGGUCUACAUAGCAAGUUCCAGGCCAGCUGGGGCUACCAGGAGACCCUGUCUCAAAAAAGGGAAGAAACAGACUGGGCUUAAGAUAAAUUAAGAUUAAUACAUCCUGAAAGAAUUUGCAGCUGGAAUCUUAGCAAUUGUAGGUGGCUAAUAUCAUCCCUGCCACAUCCUUAGAUCAUCUGUGCUGUCCUAUGAACACACAGCAGGCUUUCUGAAGGACUUUAGUGCAGUUGAUUAAUUCUCCUAUAAAUGCAUGCCUUGUGUUCUCAAUAGGCUGUAUUCCCACUAAUGAAUAAAUGAACACUCAUAAAAAUG